AAACCAGAUUCUGUUGCACUCAAAAUUUAUCUUGUGCAUUCAUCAAAUCAAGGAAAGCUUGUGCUCUCAUUUGACACUGCACUCGCCUCGGAGGGAUCAAAUACGACCCUUAUUUGCCAGGAUACAGACAGCAAGCUGCUAACAAACCUAACAUGGUCAUUUCAAAGAACUUCGGGUGAUUUCGUUUUGGUUGAAAAUGGUCUCCUGGCCCCUGGUGUCAGUGGAGAUAAAUACAAGCUAUCAAAUUCAACAACUAAGCUACAGAUUAAUCAGCUUGGCGUCAAUGACAUUGGAAACUACACUUGUUGCAUGAGAGGAAAACAGGGGGAGACUAUUCUGAGUGCUACGGUUUUCUUGACCGUGGAAGGUAAGAUAUCUGAAGGUGUAUAUUCUUAAAAUUUUAAUAAGAGUUUAUCGACAGAUUUCGGCCUCUGCUUGUUUAUCAAAUCCGAAAAACAGGAAGAUGUAGUGCAAAUAAGGAAACAUCUAUUGCAACUUUCUCGUGUUCUUUUCACAAUCCCAAGUGUGAUUAUUAGGUCGGUAAUUCGAUAGCCAAACGUGCGCAUGCGGUCUAUUGCUUUUAUAAGAUAAAUUUUCUGCGGUAGUACCUCAGUUACUUUAUAAAAACAAAGUAGCUAGCUGUCAAUUGCAAAUUAUUGUACAAUUUAAGCAAUAGAUAGGGAGAAGAUGAAAGAAAGCUCAAUGUGUUAUGUAUAAAAACCCACAAGCGUCCAUUCACAGAUGCUACAGUCUGAUUGGCUACGUUACUCUCCAUCUGUUCCUUAAUAGAUAUUGAUUAAAAUAGACUAAGAGUUUGUGGUUUUAAAUAGAAUAAAUUAAAAGCGCGAGCCUUCCUUGUUAUGGAGUUUUUGACGACUGGCGUAUUAACUCUUUAACUCCCAGGAUCUCAUUAGUGAUUCUCUUACUGUCUGCCAUAUAGUUCUUGUGAUGUUAGUUUCGAGAAUUUGGUAUGGGAUCAACUAAUAAUACCCUUAUCAACAUUUUUCGUUAUUCUCAUCAUUUGUCUGCUUGAUAUUGUAUUGAUAUUAUAAGGAGAAAUCCUCUCUUGAUCACUCAUGGGUUAAUAUUAAAAACAAUAACUAGAUAAUUCGCUCUCUAUUUCUAUGCGCGACUGUUCAUUCGGGCUCUUAUCGAAUAUCACGCGAUAGAAGUCUCGAGCGAAUAAUCUAAUUGUUAAAUAGGAAAAAUUCAUUCUCUAAAGAAAGGCAGCAUUGAAAAAAAUUUAUGUGAACGAGUUAUAACCUGAAAUACCAUUGUAAAAAAACUUUCAUGCAAAAUUGUAAUCUCCUUUCCAAAAACGAACGAGGUGCUACGUUUGUCGAGAACUGUUGCGCUCCUUUCGAGGAAAGCAGAAACAAUUUGUCCGCAUCAACUAGAAGUUGAUUCAUAGAGAAAAAAAAUAGGUAAACCAAUAGCUUACGAGAGGCUGACCGCCAGCUUUUCAGAAUCUGCUACGAUCGAUGCUGUACUUAUCUUUACCAACUUAUAAUUGUGUACCAGCUAAUUUUUUCCCCUCAAUAAUUAUUAUUAAAUAUAUCUAGAAUGUGAAGCUAAUUAGAAGUGGAAAUAACGUUACAAAAUAUACUGCCUCUUGUUUACCUCAUUUUGCUAUGUUAACUUUACGAUAUUUUUAUAUCAGCUUUGCCCCGAAAUGGCCAACCCGCAAAUAAUCUAAGUUCCAUGACUACAGUGCCUUCCGCAAGCGCUCCAAAUCCCUCGAGUACUACACAUCCCUCGAAUGCAUCGAAUCCCGCAAGCGCACUUUAUCUUACGAGUGUGGGACAUUCCGGAGGUAUAUCAACUUUGUCGAAAGGAGAAGUUAAAGCACCUUUGGAAAAACUUCAACCAUCACUUAGUGCAGCUUCUACUUCACCAACUAUCAUGCAAGGAACAACAUCUCAUCCUGUUUUGUCAGCUUUGUCGAAAAAUCCUGAUAGAAUUAUAGUAGCAAGUAAGGGUUGUGGAAACUUCAGUGACGACACAGGUAUUAUAGUGAUGGUCAAUUUUAGCAACUGAACAUUUGCGCACAUACCCAUCCUCUAACCCAACAAUAGCCAACAAAUGUAUAAGUAGGGGUAAUUUUAGGCCAGAGGAGGGGUGGGUGAACUGUUGCUGAGGUACUGACAUUGACCAUUGUAAUGAUAAAGGCGUUAGUCUCACGAUUUAGUCAUUCCUCACUUUGGAUCGCGAGGGUUCUUUCUACAAACGAUCAGAUUUAAUUCCCUCGGGGAAUUAAGAAUCAAUUUCACUUGUAUUUUCAAAGUUUUCUCAAAACUUUCUCGGGCCCAUGCAAUUACAUAUACUAAAUGAUUAAUAAGCUCUUCCAUGAAAAAUUCAACCAAUUUGUCGGCCAUUGUGGCGCAGUUUGCUGGCUAAACGGAAAGUUUGGUGGACUGAAAUAAACUCUUACGCGCGUGUAAUUGUUCAGAUUGUUUUUUUAGUCAUUUUUUCUUCCAGCUCUUAUUUUCUCAAAGUGAUACUGGUAAUAAAAUUUACGUUUUCGGAUAUAAACAUGUCUUGGGUCCCUCCCAGAGCUUCAUUUCACCUUCGCCUUACAGCUCCGGCUAAAAAUGACUCUGAGUCGGGUCCAAAACAUAUUUAUGUGCUUUAUUAUGAAAACAGAGAUCUAAUGGUGCACGUUUUCUUUGCAGUUGCGUUUCACGAAAACGAAACUUCACCCAGUUUGAUAAUGAUCAAAGAAAAAGGACAAUUGAAACUACACUGCAGUUAUUGUGCGAAUUCACCACAACAGGUCUUUGGUCUUUUCUGGUACAAGGAGAAUCAGAUGAUUCGUAAUAGUACACACUAUACGAUAACAAAUCACGGCAAAGAUCUUGGUAUUCCUGUGGUGCAGCAAGGAAUGGAUGAGGGACUUUUCAUGUGUGAAGUUGUAUCCUACAAACAGAACAUUUCAAAGCUCAUCACUGUUAUUGUGAAGAAAGGUAAGCAAUAAUUAGUUUCAUAGCAUUCGUGUAUCGGUAAGAUAGAAGAAAGGCUCUCACUUGGAGAAACGAAUUUUUUCAUGACUCAAGGUCACCGUUGUUAGUCUUUCCUUUACUUUCAUUCUACGUGGUGAUGUGUUACUUAGGGCCGUGAUAUCACAAAUUUUUUGUCCGGGAAUGGAAAAUUGGCCUGGCGUGAGCUCGAUAGCCUUCAUAGCUGGCAGCUUUGUCUGCGUUUUGAAGCACCAAGCGACAGAGUCGUAAAAACGAGCGAUGGAGCUGCGAGAGGCUUGAGGUGGAAAAUGGAUCUUUCCCACUCACAACUUCCUUGCUAAUUGCUUUAAAGCGCGCGCAAAGCCGCCAGAUUGAGAUUGAAGUUUCGAUAAAUGGGCGAAUGAGUCGACUUAAGUACUUUUGUCAACGUAUUGUGUCUUCGAUCAAAGACUUGUUUUAAACCGUACGUGAUAUGUUUUAUACCUUUACUUUAUCUCACAGCCGAGUUAAAUCCAUUGUUGUUAAGCGUGUUUGCUCAAAACAAGUCAUACCUGUCUGUGCAAAUCGCCUGGCGUCUUACGGAACACGCUGUCUUCUGUGCCUGUCAUGUCAGCCUGAAGCUGAGACUGUUGAACUCCAGUUCAUGGAGUCAAGAAGUUACCAAUUUAUCUCAAAUACUCGGGUUUUACACAUUCGCACAUCUGCAGCCCAGAAGAAUGUAUUUAUUAAACAUUACACUGCAAAACAAAUACAAGCAGAUUGAGAACAGAGCAGUGGUUUUCUGGUCAGCGGCUUCCAACUCUUCAGGUAUGAGCAGUCAUUACUCCCUUUGAUUUUACUGUGUUUCCUAAUAAUGGCUUCCAUGAUCUGUUACUCGUUGCUAACAACUUUAAAGGUAAAUGGUAGGCGCUUUCGCCACCUACUAUCCUGAAAGAAAUCUGCAAGCUAUGCAUAGUUAAAAAAUUUCCUUUUAAAGAAAAACGUUAAGUAACCAAGCACACCAAAUGGAAUAUGGGCAGUUUGUCUUUCGAACCUAAGUUCUUCGCGCAAGUUUAGGGGAGCAAAGGAAAAAAGAAAAGAAAGAGAAAAUGUACAUAAUCACCAGGCAGGAACUAGGAGCGAUUAUCGCCGUUCUUAAGGCUCGAAAAUUUUGGUUAAAGUUUAGCUCACGCAAUUUGUGAACUAUCUUGUUUAUACGGGGAAAAUAAAACGUGUCCCAUGAGAGUAUUUAGGCCUAAUCAUGAACUACACAUGAAAUUAUUUUGACGCAAGCUAAUCUGCUAAAAAGACUUUACAAGAUUUUGCUCUAUUAUUACAAUGUGACAGGCUUCUCAACCGUAUUCAAGCCUUUUUGUGAAAGAUUUCUGUCUUCUUAGCGGAGCCUUUGAAAAUGGGGUGAAUGCAAUUAUUCAGACGUCAUUGUUUUAACUUAUUACUAACGUUAACCCAAAUGAUAAAGAGAGAUAGUGAUGUAUUUUGGUUUUACCAACUGAGUUGACAAUGUAAAUUGGCCACCGUGAAGAGUUUCUAAAUCUGAAGUUUCAAGCGUUAGCUCUUCGUUAGAGCAGAAGGGCAGAUGAUGUAAUUCAUUGGUUAUUAGCUUUGGCCAACGAAAUAAUCUUAUUCCCCACGAGAAUUAAACCUCAGAUCUUCGGACCUUGUGCUUUCAUGUUCAACCACAGUCACAGUAAAAACAUUUGUUGGUCUCGCAACUGGGCCGUACGCCAGCUGGCUCAGAGAUGCCAAGGAUCCUGUAUAUCGAUAGGAUUAGCAGCACAAAAGGCAUCGUGCGUGUAGAUAUAGAAUAAGAAAGAUAGCAGACUUUAAGCAAAAUUAUGUUUCCUUUCUUGUUUCAGAGUUUGAUCAAAGAUUACGGCUUCUCUAUCACGUGAUCAACAAGAGAGCUUUAAGCGUGGCGCUAGGGAUCAUAGGAUUGCUGGGGAUAAUAAUGAUAACAUACGUCUGUGCCACGUGGUGUUAUUCUGAUAAAAGAGGUUAUUCCAUCCCACCAGCGCAGAUGAAGAGAAAGGACGAGAAUGACAGUAGUUUUGAAGUAGACACUCACUUGCUUUACAACAGGUUUGUUUUGACCAUUACGUUCACUUGUCUCAGUUUAGCCUGA